UACAGGUCGGGUACCCGCAGCACACCUGUCGCUGCUUUAUAUUUACAGGCAGGCUGCGGUCUGUUGUGUGGUUUUGCAGCGUUGUGUUGAAUCAGAUGAUCCCGUGUGUGUGUCAGUCAGUUCAGACCACGUUCCUCUUUGUAAAUCCUCAUUUUUCGGGGUUUGCCUCAUGUCGUCAUCAUCUCUGAGACUUUUAUCCUGUUGCUACACUUCGUAUUUUUCAGUGUUUUCGUCUAAAGCAACGUGACAUCAGCAGAUCUGCCUCUUUGUAACUCUUCAUGAACAAUGAAAACCGGCAGAAAAUCACCUGUCGUCCUGCUGAAGUUGAUUUACGUCACAUUACUUACAGCUGUUUCUGAGGCACAGGAAGUCGAAGUCUGGCCUGAAGUGACGGGAUACCUCGGCCUUGAUGUCACCCUGCAUUGCCGAUUCAUCCCGGGACUAAAAGGCUCCAAUAUUACUCAGGUUCAGUGGGAUCUGAAGCCCCCAGAAGGAAAGGAAAUAGUUAUUAUUGUUUGGAAUCCUCAAUUCGGACACAAUGCCAGUGGCACGUUUCUGAAGGACAGAGUGGAGAUUUCAGGACAAUCUUUGAUCAUUCGGGCUGCAGAAAUGAGAGACGCAGGCUUGUACAAAUGCAGCAUUUCAGCCUUUCCUGGUGGUUCAUUUCAAGGAACCACCAGACUCGUCAUUCAAGAACAGAUGCCGUUAUCAUCGGGGGAGGUGUCUGCUAUAGUGAUCGCUGUCGUGUUGCUGUUUGGGAUCAUAGCAGCCAUAGUUUACUUCGUCUUCAGGAAAAGACGUGACCGUAGGGUCAGACACCGCGUCUACAUUGGUGGUCCGGUGAUGGACGUGUUCAGGCCAUCUGUUCUUGUCAGAGACGAGGAUGUGGUCUACUCUGACGUCAAGCUCAAACCAUCCAGAGAAGCUUCCCCUCCACCCAAAGACAAACACAGGACAGAUGAUGUCACAUACUCAGAGGUUUUAAUUAUGAGUCCAUCCGUGAUGGUAUGAAGCGUACGCUGAAGUCACGAGGAUCUUCUUCUUCUUAUACGUGCUGAGGGCAAAAAGGAAACGCUCUUAAAGCUGCUGCAUGCAAGUUUAAUUAACCACAAUUUUGGUAUCUUUUAGGGAAAUCAGCGUGUUAACUGCCUUUAAAAUAAAACCUAACCUUUGUGGCUGCCCCAGGCCUUCUAUUUAUCCUCUCUGUAGGGUUUUUCCAUGAGCCUGUGUUUCCACGACAGCCUCACAGCAGGGGAUACAGUAUAAAGGAAAUGUAAUAUGUCUAUUACAGUUUGCAGCGCUUUCAUUAGCCGUGGUGUUCUUAAACUCAGAGGCUAAGGGCCCUAUGUUAUACCCGACUAUAAAGUCAAUGGUGCAGUAUUUUCCUGCUAAUGAAAGGUCACAAUAUGCAGAUAGUGAGUUGGGCGUCCACAGUCUGAUUCAUACGAGUUUACACUCUGCUUGGUACACACAGUGCA